AUGGAAAAAGACACGGGCCACUUUUGCUACGACCCAUAUCCCACAGUGUCAAAACAGAACACUAAUUCGUUGAAGAGAGAUGUUAGCAAAAAGAAGAAAGAAGAAAAGUCGUGUUGCUGUUUUGGGAAGAAGGCGAAAAAGAGGAGCAAGGCGUUCUUAGCGGGAUUAGCUACAAAUUUAGGAAUAUGUGUGCUACUCUUCGGCUACACUCUAAUAGGCUCCGUCAUUUUUCUAUCGAUCGAAGGUGGCAGUAGCUACCAGCACCAGCAAAUACUAGCCACAACCUCUCUUUCAACAAAUAUCAAUAGUAGCAGUAAGAAAUCUAAUCAUAGUGCCGAACUCAAAGCCAGGACGGAUGAAGCCAGAGCGAAAACCGUCGAAAAUAUUUGGGAUAUUACUGUUAGUUUAAAUAUAUUGUACAGGGAUAAUUGGACCAGAUUAGCUGCUCAAGAAAUCACUAGAUUUCAAGAGGAGUUGAUCAAAUCGAUGUCUGAAGAAAUAGCUUUACAACAGCCUCUGCAGGUCGUCAAAUAUGGAGGAAAGCAUGCUGCCGAUAAUUACGAAUGGAGUUUUGCUAAAGCGUUUCUCUACUCCUUGACUGUGUUAACUACCGUAGGUUAUGGAAGCAUCGCUCCAAGAACUUCCUUAGGCAAAGCUGUAACGAUGGGUUACGCAAUGAUAGGCAUUCCGUUAACGCUACUCUAUCUCUCCAGUGUGGGCUCCAUUUUGAGCAGAGUAGCCAGAGGAGUAUUCUCCAGAGCGUUAUGUUGUUGUCUUUGCUCAAACUGCGGAUACUGCUGUUACGACGAAAAAAGGAUGGCAGAAAAGGAGAAAAAAAUGAAAAGAAAGAGACAGCAAUUGGAGUUGCAGCAACAACUCGGUAUUCAAGAACCCUUUUACGUCCGUUCAAAUUCCAACUACAGCAACAAUUUGCAUUCCCCUUGCAGAGACGGUCCCGUAAAAGAGCUAGAUAGCUUGAGUGGGACCGACAACGAGUCUAAAUCGUCCAUGCAUGGAUGGUCGAUACUUGCGCCCAUUCUGUUAUGCCUUUGCAUGAUGUUUAUUUACAUAUGCAUCGGUACUUUCACCCUGUACAAAUUAGAAGACUGGAACUUACUGGAUGGCUUCUACUUCUGCUUCAUGAGCCUUACAACCAUUGGUUUCGGGGACAUGGUUCCCGGAUCUGAUCCGUUUCUGCAGUACGAAUCCAACACGACCAUUUGGUUUUGUUCCAUAUAUAUCAUGUCCGGUAUGGCGUUAACGGCCAUGUGUUUCAAUGUUGUCCAUGAUGAGAUUAUACACAG